AUGCAUGAAGGAAAACUUCAAGUUUUGAUCAGUUUGCUUCUGAUCAUAACAACGAAAGCUAACCCAACAACUGUUGUCGUUGACGACUUGGAAUAUGUGUUAUAUAAGUUUGAUGGCACAACUGGAAAGCUUGGUUACAGUGAUGCAAAUGCUGCUUGUGUAAAUAUUGGUGGUGAACUUGCUAUAAUUAAUACUGAAGCAAUACAGAAUGUAAUACAACCGCUUUUACAAACUGAUGCUGGUACAACUAGUUGGGAAAUGGGUUACUGGAUUGGAGGUUAUUGUAGCGACAAUUGCAAGGUUGCUGGAGGUUCAGUGUCAAACAAACAGAACUGGAAAUGGAGCGAUGGUAGUGAAAUGUAUGAUAAAUACACAAACUGGUAUUCAACCUAUGAACCAAAUGGUGUUUCAAAUGUUGGAGCAUAUGUUUAUAACUUUUACAGUAUGCAAAAAUAUCCAAAUACAUUUGGAGCAUGGGGAGAUGAUGAUGGUAAUAACCCGAUGAACUACAUUUGCCAAAUAUAUGCUGCAUGUUAUCCAAAUCCAUGUAAGAACGGUGGUACAUGUCAGCAUACACCAAGUGGUAGUUACACUUGUCAUUGCGUAGCAGGGUUCGGUGAAAAAUAUUGCGCAACCGAUUAUUGCAACCCUAAUUCUUGUCAAAAUGGAGGCACAUGUACCAGAGUUGAUGGCGGUUAUAAAUGUGAUUGCACACUUGGAGUGAUUGGUACAAGCUGUCAAACAGACUUAUGCGCCAGUGAUCCAUGCGACAAUGGUGGAACUUGCAUUGGAACGAAUGGCAGUUAUUAUUGUGAUUGUCCAAUUGGAGUUAUUGGUACAAAUUGUUCAACAGAUUUUUGUGCAAGUACACCUUGUCAAAAUGGAGCCACAUGCAUUGGAGUUGUUGGUGGAUAUUUUUGUAACUGUCCAGUUGGAGUUAUGGGCACAAAUUGUGAAACAGAUUUAUGCUCCGGUAACCCAUGUGAGAAUGGAGGAACUUACAUUGGGAUAGAAGAUGGCUUUACUUGCGACUGUCCUCAUGGAUUUGUGGGAACAAGAUGUGAAACAGAUCUAUGCGCGAAUAAUCCUUGCAAAAAUGGUGGAAAGUGCAUUGGAAUUGAUGGUGGUUUUAAAUGUAACUGCAUGGUGGGGUACAUAGGUGCAAAGUGUGAAAGAGGUUAUUGCAUUGAAGAUUAA